AUGGACAAUCCCACUCUUCCAAUUCCGAUCUCACACAUCUCCGGUAGAUACCUGCUGUUCUCAAUUGAGGCAGUUACGUACUUGAGACGCGAGCACAACAUCUGUGGCGUCCUAACAGGGACUCUCCCGCAAGCCUCGCAGCAAAAUGUGUUCCUGGGCCUACCCCUGCAGCUCAUGCCCGAGGAGGCUCGUGUCUUAGUGGAUAAAGGCAUUGCGUGCAUCAUUGAUGAAGCCAAGGCACAGACCAGCAUGAUCUCCCUGAUGGAGGAAGAUCGGCGGCGGUACAAACGCGAGUUGGAGGCUCAGGGUCACCAUGUAACGCGACUUCUAGCAGACCGCAAGAACAAAAGAAAAGAAGAAGCUUUGAAGAAAAUUGCCGAGAACAAAGCCAAGAAAUCAGCUAAAGCUGACGCUGAAUCCGAGGCAGCUGCUUCGUCCGCCAUACCAGCCGAGGAGGAGUCGGCAAUAGUAGAUGUUUUCGCAGAUGAUUCGGCGUCUCGGUCUUCAACGCCGACAUCUGCUCCCCAGGAAAUAUUAGGAGUGACCCCUCCAACAUCAUACCCGCCUUUACCCAACCCAACCACCUCGUCAGACCUUGUCCUCUCCAAACCGGAGGUCCCACUGUCAUAUCCACUCUUUGCACAUCUUCAUUCCCGUGGCUACUUCCUCUCCCCAGGCUUGCGGUUCGGAUGUCAGUACGUGGCUUACCCCGGUGACCCCCUUCGCUUCCACUCACAUUUCCUUGUCGUCUCUGCGGAAUAUGACCAGCAGAUCGACUUGAUGGAUAUUGUGAACGGCGGGCGAUUGGGUACUGGCGUAAAGAAGGGCUUCUUACUGGGUGGUCCGCAAAAGAGCAGAGAGGAGGCCGAGAUCGAGCGCACUGAAAGUGUGGUCACCUACAGUAUUGAGUGGGCUGGCAUGUAA